UAUAUAAAAAUUUCACAGUUAAAAUAAAAUAUAUGUAUAUAUGUGUGUAUAAUAUAAGUAAACUGGUUUAUACAUUUAUUAACAUUUGUUUCUUUCUGAUGUAAAUGUGUCACUUAUGAAAAUUAUAACCAAUAGCUGUUAGAAACAUGCCAAAUUAUUUUUAGGUUAUGUCUAGUUAGAACAAAAGAUAAGUACCCAAAAAAUCGAAGUUUUAACAAAAACAAUCAUAACAUACAACUUGUCAUGAACAAGAUAAGACCAAUAUUUUUUCGUUCCUUUCGUCGUUUUUAUUGUUCACAGAAACGAUUGACAAGUAGAGAUUUGUUAGAACUGGUUCCUCGAAACCCUAUAAAGUCUGUAAUUGACCUGAAAAAACUGCCACCAAGAACUAAAAUUAAUGCAGAUACAAUAAUCCAUCUAGAACGCUUGUCUUUAGUAAAUUGCGCUAAUAGACAAGGUAUUGAAACACUUGAAGCUGCCAUUGAAUUUGCUGAUCAAAUACAACAAGUCAACACUGAAGGAAUAGAUCCAUUAAUAACCGUACUUGAAGACAAACCUUUAAGAGUCAGGGAAGACACAGUUACAGAAGGGAACUGCAAAAAAGAAGUACUCAAAAACGCAGUUUUAACUGAAGAGGAUUAUUUUGUAGCUCCUCCAGGAAAUAUACCAUUAAAUGCCAGAGAAAAUCCUUUGCAUGAAAAAGAGGGAAUGUAAUAAUGUCGUUUAAUAAAAUAAUUGAAAUGUGUAUUAAACAUGGCUUCUUUAAACAAUUAAAUAAUGUGCAUUA